CGCUCCGCUCGCGCCCCAGUGUAAUGAGGGUCACCCCCUCCCCCCAGCCGGCCCGGGAGGGGGCACGGGGCACGGUUGAUGUUGGCGCAGGAUGGAUCAGACCUCUGAACUACCCAGAAGAAAUUGUCUGCUGCCUUUUUCCAAUCCAGUCAAUUUAGAUGCCCCUGAAGACAAGGACAGCCCUUUCGGUAAUGGUCAAUCCACUUUUUCUGAGCCACUUAAUGAGUGUACUAUGCAGUUAUCGACUGCCAGUGGAACAUCCCAAAAUGCUUAUGGACAAGAUUCUCCAUCUUGUUACAUUCCACUGCGGAAACUACAGGAUUUGGCCUCCAUGAUCAAUGUAGAGUAUUUAAAUGGGUCUGCUGAUGGAUCAGAAUCCUUUCAAGACCCUGAAAAAAGUGAUUCAAGAGCUCAGUCGCCAAUUGUUUGCACUUCCUUGAGUCCUGGUGGUCCAACAGCACUUGCUAUGAAACAGGAACCCUCUUGUAAUAACUCCCCUGAACUCCAGGUAAAAGUAACAAAGACUGUCAAGAAUGGCUUUCUGCACUUUGAGAAUUUUACUUGUGUGGACGAUGCAGAUGUAGAUUCUGAAAUGGACCCAGAACAGCCAGUCACAGAGGAUGAGAGUAUAGAGGAGAUCUUUGAGGAAACUCAGACCAAUGCCACCUGCAAUUAUGAGCCUAAAUCAGAGAAUGGUGUAGACGUGGCCAUGGGAGAUGAACAAGACAGCACAACAGAGAGUAGACAUGGUGCAGUCAAAUCGCCAUUCUUGCCAUUAGCUCCUCAAACUGAAACACAGAAAAAUAAGCAAAGAAAUGAAGUGGACGGCAGCAAUGAAAAAGCAGCCCUUCUCCCAGCCCCCUUUUCACUAGGAGAUACAAACGUUACCAUAGAAGAGCAAUUAAACUCAGUAAAUUUAUCUUUUCAGGAUGAUCCAGACUCCAGUACCAGUACAUUAGGAAACAUGCUAGAAUUACCUGGAACUUCAUCAUCAUCUACUUCCCAGGAAUUACCAUUUUGUCAACCCAAGAAAAAGUCAACACCACUGAAGUAUGAAGUUGGAGAUCUCAUCUGGGCAAAAUUCAAGAGACGCCCUUGGUGGCCCUGCAGGAUUUGUUCUGAUCCAUUGAUUAACACACACUCAAAAAUGAAAGUUUCGAACCGGAGACCUUAUCGACAGUACUAUGUGGAGGCUUUUGGAGACCCUUCUGAGAGAGCCUGGGUGGCUGGAAAAGCAAUUGUCAUGUUCGAAGGCAGACAUCAGUUUGAAGAGCUACCUGUCCUUAGGAGAAGAGGGAAGCAAAAAGAAAAAGGAUAUAGGCAUAAGGUUCCUCAGAAAAUUUUGAGUAAAUGGGAAGCCAGUGUUGGUCUUGCUGAACAGUAUGAUGUUCCCAAAGGGUCAAAGAACCAAAAAUGUGUCAGCAGUUCAAUCAAAUUGGACAGUGAAGAGGAUAUGCCAUUUGAGGACUGUACAAAUGAUCCUGAAUCAGAACAUGACCUGUUGCUUAAUGGCUGCUUGAAAUCUCUGGCUUUUGACUCUGAACAUUCUGCAGAUGAGAAGGAAAAGCCUUGUGCUAAGUCUCGAGUCAGAAAGAGCACUGAUAAUCCAAAAAGGACUUGUGUGAAAAAGGGCCACAUGCAGUUUGAAACAAAUAAGGAAGAACGGAGGGGAAAGAUUCCAGAGAACCUUGGCAUAAACUUUAUUUCUGGGGAUGUAUCUGACAAGCAGGCCUCUAAUGAACUUUCCAGGAUAGCAAACAGCCUCACAGGGGCCAGCACUGCCCCAGGAAGUUUUCUGUUUUCUUCUUGUGCAAAAAACCCUGCAAAGAAAGAAUUUGAGACUUCAAAUUGUGACUCUUUACUGGGCUUGUCUGAGGGUGCCUUGAUUUCUAAACGUUCUGGGGAGAAGAAGAAACUUCAACGAGGUUUGGUUUGUAGUUCAAAGGUACAGCUCUGCUAUAUUAAAGCAGGUGAUGAAGAAAAACGAAGUGAUUCCAUUAGUAUUUGUACCACUUCUGAUGAUGGAAGCAGUGAUCUGGAUCCCAUAGAUCACAGUUCAGACUCUGAUAACAGUGUCCUUGAAAUUACAGAUGCUUUUGAUAGAACAGAGAAUAUGUUGUCCUUGCAGAAAAAUGAAAAGGUAAAGUAUUCCAGGUAUCCUGCCACAAACACUAAGGUAAAAGCAAAGCAGAAGUCCCUCAUUACUAGCUCACUUACAGACCACUUAACAGAGUGUACUAAGACAGCAGAGUCUGGAACUGAGACAUCUCAGGUUAACCUCUCUGAUUUUAAAGUGUCCACUCUUGUCCGCAAACCCCAAAUGGAUUUUAGAAAUGAUGGUUUCUCUACAAAAUUCAACACCCCAUCAAGCAUUUGCAGUGAGACCUCACUAAUAAAGGGUGGGGCUACAAAUCAAACUCUGUUACACUCGAAAAGCAAACAGCCCAAGAUCCGAAGUAUAAAGUGCAAACAUAAAGAAAAUCCAGUUGUAGAACCUCCAGUUACAAAUGAAGACUGCAGUUUGAAAUGCUGUUCUUCUGAUACCAAAGGUUCUCCUUUGGCCAGCAUUUCCAAAAGUGGGAAAGGGGAUGGGCUAAAACUACUGAGCAACAUGCAUGAGAAAACCAGAGAUUCGAAUGACAUAGAAACAGCAGUGGUGAAACACGUUCUGUCUGAGUUGAAGGAACUCUCUUAUAGAUCCUUAAGUGAAGAUGUCAGUGAAUCUGGAACAUCAAAGCCAUCAAAACCAUUACUUUUUUCUUCUGCCUCUAGUCAGAAUCAUAUACCUAUUGAACCAGACUAUAAAUUCAGUACCUUGCUAAUGAUGUUGAAAGAUAUGCAUGAUAGUAAGACCAAGGAGCAACGGUUAAUGACUGCUCAAAACUUGGUCUCCUAUCGGAGCCCUGGUCUUGGAGACUGUUCUACCAGUAGUCCUCUAGGGACUUCUAAGGUCUUAGUUUCAGGAGCCUCCAAUCAUAAUUCAGAAAAAAAUGGAGAUGGCACUCAGGAUCCAGUCUAUCCUAGCCCCAGUGGGGGUGACUCUGCACUGUCUGGGGAGUUGUCUGCCUCCCUACCUGGCUUAGUGUCUGACCGAAGAGACCUCCCUGCUUCUGGCAAGAGUCGUUCAAACUGUGUUACUAGACGCAACUGUGGGCGAUCAAAGCCAUCCAAAUUGCAAGAUGGUUUUUCAGGUCAGAUGGGAAAGAACACAGCGAACCAUAAAGCCUUAAAGACAGAGCGCAAAAGAAAAUUGAACCGGGUUCCAGCUGUGAUUCCAGAGGCUGCACUGCCAGGAGACAGACAGAAUGCAGCCUCAGAGAAUGGCUCCUUGGGAGGUGGAGCAGAAGACCCUGCUAAAGAAGAUCCCCUUCAAUUAAUGGGCCAUUUAACAAGUGAAGACAGUGCCCAUUUUUCUGAUGUUCAUUUUGACAACAAAGUCAACCAGUCUGAGCCUGAUAAAACGGAACAAGGCUCCAUCUUUGAAAACAGAAAAGGUCCAGAGCUGGACUCUGAAAUGAACAGUGAAAAUGAUGAACCCAAUGGUGUUAAUCAAGUAGUACCUAAAAAGCGGUGGCAGCGUUUAAACCAAAGGCGCACUAAACCUCGUAAGCGCACUAACCGAUUUAGGGAGAAAGAAAACUCUGAGGGUUCCUUUGGGGUCUCACUUUCUGCUGACCCUGUAAAGAAGGGGGGUGAGUUCCCAGAGCAUAGACCUUCUCCUUCAACAAACAUAUUGGAGGAUGUGCUGACAGAUCCAAAUCACACCGGGCACUUAGAUUCAGUUGGGCCACUGCUGAAUGUUUGCGAUAAAUCCAGUGCCAACACUGAGGAGAUGGAAAAGGAGCCAAGAAUUCCCACUUUGACUCCCCAGCCUGAGCUUCCUGAACCAGCUGUGCGGUCAGAGAAGAAGAGACUUAGGAAGCCAAGCAAGUGGCUUCUGGAAUAUACAGAAGAAUAUGAUCAGAUAUUUGCUCCUAAGAAAAAACAAAAGAAGGUACAGGAACAGGUACACAAGGUGAGCUCCCGCUGUGAAGAAGAAAACCUUUUAGCUCGAAGUCGAUCUAAUGCUCAGAACAAGCAUGUGGAUGAGAAUUCAUUGAUUUCAACCAAAGAAGAGCCUCCAGUUCUUGAAAGGGAGGCUCCGUUUUUGGAAGGGCCCUUGUCUCACUCAGAACUUGGAGGUGGACAUGCUGAGUUGCCGCAGCUGACUUUGUCUGUGCCUGUGGCUCUGGAAGUCUCUCCACGCCCUCCCCUUAAAUCUGAGGAAUUGCUAGUUAAAACACCAGGAAAUUAUGAAAGUAAGCGGCAGAGAAAACCAACUAAGAAACUUCUUGAAUCAAAUGAUUUAGACCCUGGAUUUAUGCCCAAGAAAGGGGAUAUUGGCCUUUCUAAAAAGUGUUAUGAAGCUGGUCACUUGGAGAAUAACAUUGCUGAAUCAUGUGGUGCAUCUCAUUCUAAAAAGUUUGGUGGAGGCACUACCAAGAUAUUUGAUAAACCAAGAAGGCGAAAACGACAAAGGCAUGCUAUAGCUAAGAUGCAUUGUAAAAGAGUGAAAAGUGAAGACUCAUCAAGAGAAACUCCAGGCUCAGAGGGAGAACUGAUGACACACAGGAUGGCUGCAAGUCUCAAGGAGGCUGUUGAAGAGGGCAUAGAAAACGACCAUGGGAUGCCUGCAUCUAAAAAACUGCAGGGUGAACGAGGUGGAGGAGCUGCCCUCAAGGAGAAUGUUUGUCAGAACUGUGAGAAACUGGGUGAGCUGCUGUUAUGUGAGGCUCAGUGCUGUGGGGCUUUCCACCUGGAGUGCCUUGGAUUAACUGAGAUGCCCAGAGGAAAAUUUAUCUGCAAUGAAUGUCGCACAGGUAAAGUUAGAUAUAGAAGGAUCUUCUUCCAAAGAAAUAUUGAGCUUUAAGUUUUUCAUUUAUAG